AUGCAGUACCUACGCGUCUCCUUCUUUGCUGCCGCUAUGGCUGCCUCUGUUAUUAGUGCUCAGCUGGAACAGCGCGAUCUCGACGAAUGUACCUCAGCAGCCAGCGCCCUCGUCGAUGGAUUGAGCGCCAUGCCCACCCCGGACAAGAGCCUCGAUAACUAUUUCGCAAAGGAGACUCAGUGGGAAGCCGUGGUCAGCGAGUGUGUUAUCCCUGCAGUUACUGGUUCUAUGGCCGCGGCCUAUACCUCAUACGCCAAGUCUUUCGAGAGCUGGGUGUCCGAGUUCGAGGAUGACCUCUCAAGCGUUUACGACGCAUGCAAGGAUGUUCCCGAGGUUAUGGACGAGCUUUCGUCUGCUGCUAUUCCCGCCAGCGGGUUCUGUUCAUCCUAUUCCUGGGCUGAUGCCACUGCAACCGGUACUGCGACUGCCAAGGCCACCGACUCUACCACUGGUUCCGCAACUGGCUCCGUCACGGAAACUGCCUCAAGCACCUCAACUCCUACCAACGUUGCUGAGAAUGCUGGUGCUCGCAGUUCUGGAAUGGGCGUUGCCGCUGUUGCUAUUGUUGGCCUGGCCAUCGCUAGAGCUUACUAG